CCCUGCAUCGGCAGGUGGACUCCCAACCACUGCGCCACCAGGGAAGCCCAAGAGAAAGAUUUCUAAAUGAUAGUAGAUUAAUGGGUGAAGUGUUGCAGGCUCAGAGCCUCUGAGAUGAGACCCGAAUGGCUCCAGCGGGGGCAGAGAAGGAGAAAGAUAAAGAGGUGACUAGAUGGAGGGUAAAGGGAAGAGAUCAUCAGACUGUUAGAAACUAUGACUUUAAGUACCCACUGCCCUCCAGCAGUUUCCAAUCCACAAGUUGGGUGUUUGGCAAGGAUAAGAGGGGACAAAAGUUUGAAGUCCUCAACCUGACUAUAGGUAUGAAGCUCUGUUCCUGAUUCUGGGGAAGCUCCCAGCAGAAGGCUGCAAAGCUACCUGGGAAAAUGGUCCCCUGGUAUCCAGCCCUUCCAGUCUUGGUUACUGCUAAGGAGGAGAGAUGGAAGUGGGGGAGGACCACAGAAGGGAGGCUCUGGUUGUGUGCCCAAAGGGCUUGGCUGGCCUUGGGCAGAAAUUGGAUCCCAUAGCUCCUAGAUGAUAGCGGGGGGACAUGGCCUGCCAUGUAGGCUUGGGGAGAGCAAAGAUCCAAUUCGAGUAUCAGGGUGGUUUGGUGCCACACAUGGGCUUAGAGGUAGAGGGAUGCUUAUCCAGGCAGCCAAGGACUGUACAGCUGUUAGAGUUUCCUAGGCAGGUGCCUGCCUGGUUUCCAGGGUGGAAACGAAGUGGACCAGCGGUGGCCGACUAGAGCCCCCGCCCCGGUGGUAGGGGGCGGGACGGUCCUGGGAGAAGGGCGGGGGGCGGGGCCAGGGGCCACUUAAGGCGGAGCCCCGGCGUUCUGGCAGAGCCGGAGCCUGACGGCAGAGCCCGGCAGGAUUGGCACUUACCCACGACCCCCCUUCCCUGCUAUGAUGGCCGGUCAGUAGCAGGUUCCAGACCCCCCGGGGGUAUGUAGGCAGAGCUAGCGGCAGCCAGGUGUGCUGAGCCACAAGAGCUCUAGGGCACUCUGGGGGCAGCUCUGCCUGCUGCGCUCUCUGGUGCAGGGGGAGAUGCCCAACUGACGAGCGAGCUGGUGAGGACAAGAACGUUCCCUUUUGGCCCGAGUCCGCUGCAUCCAUGGCGCUGCCGGCCAGUCUGGUGCCCCUGUGCUGCUUGGCACUUCUGGCGCUGCCGGCCCAGAGCUGCGGGCCGGGCCGGGGGCCGGUUGGCCGGCGCCGCUACGUGCGCAAGCAGCUCGUGCCGCUGCUCUACAAGCAAUUUGUGCCCAGCGUGCCCGAGCGGACCCUGGGCGCCAGUGGGCCGGCCGAGGGGAGGGUGACAAGAGGCUCUGAGCGCUUCCGGGACCUGGUGCCUAACUACAACCCCGACAUCAUCUUCAAGGAUGAGGAGAACAGUGGUGCAGACCGCUUGAUGACCGAGCGUUGUAAAGAGCGGGUGAACGCGCUGGCUAUUGCGGUGAUGAACAUGUGGCCCGGAGUGCGCCUACGGGUGACCGAGGGCUGGGACGAGGACGGCCACCACGCUCAGGACUCACUUCACUACGAAGGACGUGCCCUGGAUAUCACCACGUCCGACCGCGACCGCAAUAAGUAUGGGUUGCUGGCGCGCCUGGCAGUGGAAGCCGGCUUCGACUGGGUCUAUUACGAGUCCCGCAACCACGUCCACGUGUCUGUCAAAGCCGAUAACUCACUGGCGGUCAGGGCAGGCGGCUGCUUUCCGGGAAAUGCCACCGUGCGCCUGCGGAGCGGCGAGCGGAAGGGGCUGCGGGAACUGCACCGCGGUGACUGGGUGCUGGCGGCAGACGCGGCAGGCCGGGUGGUGCCCACACCCGUGCUGCUCUUCCUGGACCGGGACUUGCAGCGCCGGGCCUCAUUCGUGGCUGUGGAGACCGAGCGGCCCCCGCGCAAGCUGUUGCUCACUCCCUGGCACCUGGUGUUCGCCGCUCGAGGGCCUGCGCCCGAGCCAGGCGACUUUGCACCGGUGUUCGCGCGCCGGCUGCGCGCGGGGGACUCGGUGCUGGCGCCAGGCGGGGACGCCCUUCGGCCUGCGCGCGUGGCCCGAGUGGCGCGGGAGGAAGCCGUUGGCGUGUUCGCACCGCUCACAGCGCACGGGACGCUGCUGGUCAACGAUGUCCUGGCCUCGUGCUACGCGGUUCUGGAGAGUCACCAGUGGGCGCACCGCGCCUUUGCUCCUCUGCGCCUGCUGCACGCGCUGGGGGCGCUGCUUCCGGGCGGGGCCGUCCAGCCAACUGGCAUGCAUUGGUACUCUCGGUUCCUCUAUCGCUUGGCGGAGGAGCUGCUGGACUGAGCGCUCCAGGCAUAGAAACCUCGUGGCAUCCGCCUAAACGGGAGUGUGCGGGCUGAGAUCUGGAGAUGUGGGCAGCAGACGAUGCUGAUUGGGAGGGAGGGAGGGAUAGGGAGAAAAUGGACGCGAUGGUUUAGGGGCAACCUCUAACUGAGAGGUUGGGUCCUAAGUAGAUGGGGUUGAUGAUGGGUACUCGUCGACGAGGACUAUUUCUCCUCUUCUUCCCCAGUGCCUCAGCCCCACCCGAUUAUUUUAUUUUAUUUUCUAUUUAUAAAUUGUAAUAUAAUAAUCUGCUUGCCCCGCCUGGCAAGAUGAGGGGCUGGGGCACAGCGUUAACAGUUAUCUGACAUGGGAGCCAAUCUGACAUCUGACAUUUUCCUACAAGUGGGCUAAUAAAGGGAAGGCUUCCAGGAGCUUAUUGG